AUGGCUGAUUCACAGGCGUCUUCUUUGUUGAGCUGGAGCAGCAUCACGACGCUGUCCAUCACGCUGCUCUUCGGGAAGAAGACCGACGCGGAGACAGCCUCCGCCGACGCGCCCGUCACUGAUCGCGGCGCUGCGGAGAAAGGGAAAGCAGCGAAGGAAACGGGCAAGAAUGCAAGAACAAGAGCGCGCGCGCCGUCCCCAGCAAGGACGCCGCGGCCGGAAAGGGGGCCGCCGAGAGGUUUCACGCCGGAAGUGCGCGCGUGGGCCAUCGUGGCGGAAAAAUCCAGCGGCGACGUGCAGUCCGUGGAGAAGGCCUUCGAGCUGACGGGGCACAGCGCGGCCAUCCCGGCCUUCGCCUUCUCGGGCGACUCCACCCACAUGCUCUCCGUCAGCAAGGACAAGUCCUUCCGCCUCUUCGACGUCAACGUCGACUACAAGAAGCGCCAGUCGCCGCGCCUCGUCCAGCACGCGCCCUGGACCGCCGCCGCCGUGGACGACAAGCGGCCGCUGCACUGCGCGCUGACCAACGACUCGCGCUGCGUCGUCAUCGCCUACCGAGCGGACCUCUUGAUUUUAUCAGGUGUGGACGGGACGGUGCGGUGCCGCAUCGACAGCUGCCUGGCGGGGACGCCCGGAGGUGGCAGCGUCGACGUGGGCCGGCUGCUGCUGGAUCCGACGUCGGGCUUCGUGCUGGUCAUUGGCGGACGCGUGGUGCGGGUGUUCCGCAAUCUGGUCGGACUGGAGGUGGCCGUGGAGGCGCUGAAGGAGAGCUUGAAGUUCGCCUCGCAGGAUUCGGUGCGCAGUCGCAUUCAGGGUCAGAUGGAGGCCGCGGAGACGGCGCUGCAAGCAUGUCGAAAGAAAUUCACCUUGUAACGGAUUUUUAUCGUCCAGUUUUUUAUUUCGUUUUGUUUUUGUUGAUUCGCUGUUUUUUUUAACGUAGAGAAUGCUUUGGUAGUUAUUUGUCGCGGCUGUCCGUCCAUUCAGUUAAAAGCAGAAAAAAUGACUUUGAAAAAUUAAGAAAA